AUGGACGUGUUAAACACAUGGAGGAUUGUCCUUCUGGGAAAAAGUGGAGUUGGAAAGAGCAGCCUUGCCAACACCAUAUUUGGAGAGGCCAUAUUCAAAAUAAAUAAAUUAAAUGACUUGGACACACAUUGUUCUCCAGCCGAAACCAAAUCUGUCAACGGAAGAAGCAUCACUUUGAUUGACACUCCUGGUUUCUUUGAUCCAGGCAGGUCUGAGGAGGAGCUGAAGCCUGAGAUAGUGAGGUGUAGCACAGAGUGCGCUCCUGGGCCUCAUGCCUUUCUCAUUGUGCUCAAAGUAGAGAAAUUCACAGAGCAUGAGAAAGCUGUCAUCACACAAAUGUGUGAAUAUUUCUCAGAAGAUGCUCUCAAAUAUGCUGUGAUAGUCUUCACUCACGGUGACCAGCUCCCUGAAGGAAUGAAAAUGGAGGAAUAUGUCCAGCAAAGUGAGGGUCUGAGUGAUCUGGUGAAGAAGUGUGGAGGCCGAUGCCACGUCGUUGACAAUAAAUACUGGAAGACCGACACAGAGGACGACUACAGAAGUAACCAGUUCCAGGUGGAAGAACUCCUCAACACCAUAGAUAAGAUAGUAAUGGAAAACAAUGGAGACUAUUACACAGAUGAAAAGCUACAAGAAGUGGAGAGAGAAAUACAGAAAGAGGAAGAGCGCAUUAGACGGUCAUCGGGUAACAUGUCACAGGAAGAGGUCAGGAAGCAGGCUAAAAGCAACGUCUUUAAGAAGCAGGUGGACAACGCAGCACGACCAUGCCUCAACAAGUCAAACCGGAGGAUAGUCCUACUGGGAAAAACUGGAGCGGGAAAAAGCAGCCUGGCUAACACCAUAUUGGGCGAGGAUGUGUUCAAGAUAAGCCAUGCACCGACCUCUGAGACAAGUCUUUCUUGUGCAGAAACCAAAUCUGUCAACGGGAGGAGCAUCACAUUGAUCGACACUCACAGUUUUUUUGACACGUGUGGGUCUAAAGCAAUGCUGAAGGCUGAGAUAGUGAGGUGCAUCACAGAGUGCGCUCCUGGGCCUCAUGCAUUUCUCAUUGUGCUUAAAGUGGAGAAAUUCACUGAGCAGGAGAAGGAUGUCGUCAAUAAAAUAUGCCAACACUUCUCUGAGGAAGCGUUAAAAUAUGCGACAGUUGUCUUCACUCACGGUGACCAGCUCCCAGAAGAGACGACAAUAGAGGAGUUUGUCGGUCAGAACACAGACCUGAGCGAUCUGGUGAAGAAGUGCGGAGGCAGGUGCCACGUCGUGGACAACAAGUACUGGAAGCACAACGGAGAGGACGACUACAGAAGUAACCAGAUGCAGGUGGCAGAGCUGCUCAGCACACUUGACAAGCUGAUUGAGACAAACAAAGGAAGCUGCUACACCAAUGAGAUGCUACAAGAAGUUAAAAUGCAAAUUCAGACGGAAGAAGAGCACAUAAGACAGUCAUCAGGCAACUUGUCGAGGGAAGUGAUUAGAAAUAAAGCUAAACUCAAGGUUUUUAACGGGUUACUUAUCAGAUUAGCAAGUACUGCAACAGGUGCACUGUUAGGAGCUUUGCUUGGUAUGGCAGGGAUGGUCGCAGCAACUGUUGGAAAUCUUAAGGAUCUCUCAGAGUUUUCAGCACUAGCAUCAACAGCAAGCAAAGGGGUGGCAUCGGCAGCUCUAAGCGGGGUAGUAAAGGGUGGUAAGAUAGGAUAUGAUGCAGCUGAAGGAGCAGAAAGUACAGGGGAAGCCAUAAACAAGACAGUGAAGGCGGUCUGGAUGUAA